GCUGAGUUCGGUUUUCAUUGUUGCAUCUCUAGGCGUCUCUGCUGCAGCCUCUGCCCUCCUGUGACUUGCAGGUACUGGGACAUUUGUAGAGAGGACACGGGACACCCCGGAAACUGGGAAAUGGAACUGUUGACCUUCAGAGAUGUGUCUAUAGAGUUCUCUAUGGAUGAGUGGGACUGCCUGGACCCUGCUCAGCAGAAUUUGUAUCGGGAUGUCAUGUUAGAGACCUACAGAAACCUGGUCUUCCUUGGGCUUGCUGUCUCUAAGCCAGACCUCAUCACCUAUCUGGAGCAAAGCAAAGAACCCUGGAAGGUGAAGACACACCAGACAGUAGUCAAGCACCCAGUUGUAUCUAAUGAUUCUACCCAGAGCAAUUCACAAGUGCUGGGCGUGAACAUUUUAUUACCAGAGAUAAUCCUGAGAAGAUAUGAAAAUGAUAGCCCUGAGAAUUUAAACUCAGUAAAAGACUGGGAUAGGGUGUGUGAGUAUAAGCAGCAGAAAGUAUGUUACAGUGGAUUAGAUGAAAGUUUAACCGCUAUGCAUGAGUAUAAAAAAUACGGAAAAGCCUUAAACCUAUGCUCAAACGUUGGUAAACAUAAGAUAACCCAUUUUGUGGAAAAGCAGUACAAAUGUAAAGAAUGUCACAAAGUCUUUAAAUCUCGAUCAAGACUGUCUAAGCACAGGGGACUUCAUACUGCAGAGAAAAUCUCCCAUUGUGAGAAUGAUGACAAGUAUCCUAGCCACAGCUCAAAAUCUUCUAACUGUAAGACACUUUAUAGCAUAGAGAAACCCUACAAAUGUAAAGAAUGUGGCAAAGCCUUUAACAAUUACUCAAACCUUUCUGUACAUCAAAGAAUUCAUUCUGGGGAGAAACCCUAUAAAUGUCAAGAAUGUGGAAAAGCCUUUAAUCAUUACUCAAAUCUCUCUGAACAUAAAAGAAUUCAUUCUGGAGAGAAACCCUAUAAAUGUCAAGAAUGUGGAAAAGCCUUUAACUGGUCCUCACACCUUUCUGUACAUAAAAGAAUUCAUUCUGGAGAGAAACCCUACAAAUGUCAAGAAUGUGGAAAAUCCUUUAUCAAUUACUCAAAUCUCUCUGUACAUAAAAGAAUUCAUUCUGGAGAAAAACCCUACAAAUGUCAUGAAUGUGGAAAAGCCUUUAGUCAUUACUCAAAUCUCUCUGUACAUAAAAGAAUUCAUUCUGGGGAGAAACCCUAUAAAUGUCAAGAAUGUGGAAAAGCCUUUAAUCGUUACUCACAUCUUUCUGAACAUAAAAGAAUUCAUUCUAGAGAGAAACCUUUCAAAUGUGAAGAGUGUGGCAAAUCCUUUAAUCAUUACUAUACCCUUUCUGUACAUAAAAGAAUUCAUUCUAGAGAGAAACCCUACAAAUGUCAAGAAUGUGGAAAAGCCUUUAAUCAUUACUCAAAUCUCUCUGUACAUAAGAGAAUUCAUUCUGGGGAGAAACCUUAUAAAUGUGAAGAAUGUGGAAAAGCCUUUAAUAAUUACUCACAUCUUUCUGUACAUAAAAGAAUUCAUUCUGGAGAGAAACGUUUCAAAUGUGAAGAAUGUGGCAAAGCCUUUAACUGGUCCUCACACCUUUCUGUGCAUAAAAGAAUUCAUUCUGGAGAGAAACCCUUCAAAUGUCAAGAAUGUGGCAAAUCCUUUAACCAUUACUAUACCCUUUCUGUACAUAAAAGAAUUCAUUCUGGGGAAAAACCCUACAAAUGUCAAGAAUGUGGCAAAUCCUUUAACCAUUACUAUACCCUUUCUGUACAUAAAAGAAUUCAUUCUGGGGAAAAACCCUACAAAUGUGAAGAAUGUGGAAAAGCCUUUAAGCAUUAUUCAACCCUUUCUGUGCAUAAAAGAAUUCAUUCUGGAGAGAAACCAUACAAAUGUGAAGAAUGUGGCAAAUCCUUUAACCGUUACUCACACCUUUCUGUACAUAAAAGAAUUCAUUCUGGGGAAAAACCCUACAAAUGUGAAGAAUGUGGAAAAGCCUUCAACUAUUCCUCAUAUCUCUCUGUACAUAAAAGAAUUCAUUCUGAGGAAAAACCCUACAAAUGUCAAGAAUGUGGCAAAUCGUUUAAACAUUACGUAGCCCUUUCUGUACAUAAAAGAAUUCAUUCUGGGGAGAAACCCUAUAAAUGUGAAGAAUGUGGCAAAGACUUCAACCGGUACUCAAGCCUUUCUGUACACAAAAGAAUUCAUUCUGGAGAGAAACCAUACAAAUGUGAAGAAUGUGGCAAAGCCUUUAAGCAGUACUCACACCUUUCUGUACAUAAAAAAAUUCAUUCUGGAGAGAAACCCUACAAAUGUGAAGAAUGUGGCAAAGCCUUUAAUGGGUACUCAAACCUUUCUGUACAUAAAAGAGUUCAUUCUGGGGAGAAACCCUACAAAUGUGAAGAAUGUGGCAAAGCCUUUAACCGGUACUCAACCAUUUCUGUACAUAAACGAAUUCAUUCUGGGGAGAAACCCUACAAAUGUGAAGAAUGUGGCAAAGCCUUUAAGCAGUACUCACACCUUUCUGUACAUAAAAAAAUUCAUUCUGGAGAGAAACCCUAUAAAUGUUAAGAAUGUGGAAAAGCCUUUAAUCAUUACUUAAAUCUUUCUAAACAUAAUAGAAUUCAUUCUGGGUAGAAACCCUAUGAAUGUCCACAAUGUGGCAAAUUCUUUAAUCAGUACUCAAAAUCUUUCUAUACAUAAAAAAUUUCAUCCUGGAGAGAAACAUUACAAAUAUGAAUAGUGUAGCAAACCCUUUAACUCAGGGUCUAACCAGCGUGUUUAAAAAACAAAACACACAGAAUCCCUAGAAAUAUGAAGAAUGUGGCAGUACCUUACUUGGUGUUCAUAACUUAACUAAGCUUAUAGGAAUUUACACUGGAGAGAAAUCCUAAAACUGUAAACAGUGUGGCGAUGCACUUCGCCAGAGCUGAAACCUUACUAUAUGUAAGAAAAUUCAUAUUGGAGAGAAAUCUGACAAAUGAGAAUAAUAUGGCAAAGAUUUUAACUGAUUAUUGUCCCUUAGUAAACAUAAGAGACUUCAUGCCAGAGAAAAAUCAAUAUGAAGGUGUGUGGAAGCUUUAUGCCAGAAAUCACAGUUUUCUAUACACAGUAGAAUUCAUUUUGAACAGAAAUGCCAUAAAUGUGAAGAAGGUGACAAGUGUUUAACUUCUGCUCAAACCAUUCUCUAUAUGAAAUUUAUGACAGAGAAAACCCCGACAACUGUGAAGACAGUGUUGAAUCUUAUUCAUAGAGAUAUUCUAUAUAUAUGAGGAAUGUUACAGUGUCUUUACUUAUUUCUCAUGCUUUUCUAGUCAUAAUUCAUAUGGAAGAAAUUCUCUACAAAUGUCAAUGAUGUCUUAAAGUUGUGUUUCUCCUAUUCGGCAGGGCUAGGGAGAGACAGGGGCAGAUGAUUCUAGGAGAUCCCUUGUCCAUAAUAAGAGGAACAAAAUUACCAGAGUGGGCUGCCAAGAAAGAAAAGCCUUUCAAGAAGGUUUUCAAGUACUGUACUGAUGUUUGCUCUACAAAAAUGACUCUCAGAGGUAGAGAUGCCACAGUAUGGAGAUAUGGCCAAGACCAUGAAAAGGGGUCUUUGCAGCAUGCAUACAAGUAAGAUGACAGCCUCAAGGGACCCCUUUUCACAAACACAGUAAAAUUUUCACCACUUCUAUCACAGUUUACAAAUACUAUAACAGCUACUGGAAGUUGUCUUAAAGGGAUAGAAAUGGGAGUAUUCUCCAUUCGGGAAUUUUUCCCUCUUUCCAGUAAAAAUAGUAAAUAUAUUACUUCCUCACCACUUAACAUAGAUUUGGGAAAUCAGCAUGAAGGGGAAAAAAAUCUCACUAACCCAGGGUGUUCUCCACUUGAUAAGGUAGAUGUCUCCCUUCUCUGGAGUGUACUGUGCUUUAAUAAACUUUGACCUUUUGCUCACUUGUACCUACUUGUUCUGCUCAUUUGUUCCACUGUCUUGGUACCAGUAACUAUGCCUUGUCACUUGGAACCAAAAACCAGGGAACAUACACUUGACAUCUGUUCCCCAUAUGUGACAUUUUAGUGCCAAAAUCUGGGAGGAAAGUGUACAUUUUCAGCAAGAUAAGGUAAUGGAACAUUAGACCUUCUGAAUUCACGCUGCCUGAUGCACAGUACUUAUCACACUUACAGCUUUCACUCUCUUUGCUUUCUAGGUAAUGUAGCUCCUUACCUACCCCUGCUCCAUUUU